AUGCAACUGCUACGGCUCUCUUCCGUAUUCCGCCAGGACAAGAUCAUCAGGCGGUUUUCUCGAGCAUCAGUCCCAUUCCAGAUACCCAGGACAGUUGCAAGAAAUACCAACUUCUUCUCCACAGCUGCUACCGGCGAGCUUCAUUCCACUGUCACGAUCCCGGAUCUAUUUGUCUCGUUCCUGGCCCAGAAGCCAGUGCCAAACCCCAGCUAUGCAAAAGUAAAAGGGUCGCUGGAGGUGUCCAUGAGAAAUGGUAGAGAGUGCUACUAUUCAAAGCGUGUACAAGCAGACUUUGCGUAUUUCGCAGCCCUGCUCGCCCCGAAGGCAGCUGAGCCCGAAUAUCAAACUAUCCGUGACUAUAUCUCUUGGAUCUUCUAUUUUGAUGACAUGUUUGAUGAUGGCCCUCUCUCGAAUGACCCCCUCUUUGCGCGGAGAGAGCUGGACGGUUUACUGGCGGUGAUGACAUCGGAUGGAGAUGUUCUCUCUGACAACGAUAAAUCCAAACUUGUAUUCCAGAGUAUAUGGAAGAGAAUAAUUGAGGCGUCCAGCAAAGGUUCCGGAAAUAUAUCAGAAACUACUGCGACGCCGUCUUUCGGCAGAUACCACCAAUUCCUCGACCUCCCAACUGAAGCCGUGGAACAUCAAUCGAUAAAGGAAAUCGAAUCUACCGCCGUGGAAAUUCUGGUGUUGCACAACGAUCUCCUCUCCUACCAAAAGGAAUACGCCACCAAGCCCACCAACCCUAACAUCAUCACCAUCUACCGCGAACAGCACGGCCUCUCGCAGCAACAGGCAUACGACUCCGUCGACGCCCUGCUACGCGAACGGUAUCGACGGUGGUAUAUCGCGCACUCGAAACUGCCGAUCCUAGGCGAGGAAUUGGAUGAGCAGAUGCAGCGCUUCUGGACGGAUAGGUAUUUUGGGAAGGAUAAGGAUGAGGUUAGAAAGAGUAGGAGGGUGAAGUUGCUGGAUUAG